AUGAAGGUGAAUGAAUUAUAUUUUUUCCUUGAUAAAAGAAGAAGACGUUACAAAAGAGCUCAUCAAGUACGUGGUCCUUCUUCCUUAGAAGAACAACUCCCUGAUCAUGCGGUUGACCAGGAUGAUGGUUCACAUGAAUAUACCUUAGUAAAGGAACGAAAACCUAGACGUCGGCCAAGAAGAUCACCCGCAAAAAAACCAGUUAGCCGCCGCAUGAUUAUUGAUAUUCAUUUAGAAGUCUUAGACGAAUGUCAAAGGGAGGACAAACAAUUGUUUCAGAAGGACUUUUUUGAAAUUUUGAUUCGGGAGUUUAUUGGAAGCGAAUUUAUGAAAGAAGAAAAUGUUCCUAAGGAAGUUGUUCCUAAGGAAGUUGUUCCUAAGGAACAGGUUCCACGUUCAGAUUCCGGGUUUAGGGAGGAAGAUUUUGUUCCUGAGUAA